UGUGCGCGCGCGUUUUGGACUUGCUGGUACUUGUGGUUGGGUGUUUCCAUGUUGUGGUGGGAAGAAGAAGAAGAUAAGUGAAAGAAGGUGAUCUGCCGGACGAGAAGCAAGAAAUGGAGCCGUCAGAAUUGCCAAAGGAUUUACUCGAGAGUGUGCAGGAGGCGGUCGGGCGGAGCCUCGAGUUGACCCUCAGCUGCCAGCUCCAGCCGGAGGUCAAAGGUGAAAAGGUGGACAAAGUGCUGGCCUUGUCGUCGCAUCGAGCCUACCUGCUGUCGGCACGCUUUCCCUCCAAGGUGGAGCACUCCUUCAGCUACCUGGACAUCCAUGGUCUCCGUAGCAACAAGCCCACUCAGGUGCUAGUGGAGUGCCAGCGCGGCCCAUGCACGCUGUGGUUUAGUUUCCAGAAGGACAGUGACCGGGUCAUCGCCCACGUCGGUGCCAGUCUCACAAGGAUCUGCCCAGACAUGAGUCUGCUGAAGAAGUUUCACGUGACGCCUUCUGAGCGUUGGGCUGCCCUCAUGGCCGUCUGGGAGCAGCUGGACCCUGUGGGCUUGGGGCCUUGCGGAGGCUUCUCGGUUCAGUACCGGGCCGUCUGCGACAACCUCAACCUGGCCUACAGGGAGGAGGUCCAGUGGGACGUGGACACCAUCUACCUGAGCCAGGACACCACAGAGCUCAACCUGCACGACUUCAGUCACCUGGACGGCAGGGAUCUCGUGGCCAUCGUUGGCACACUGGAGUACAACAAGUGGUUCAUCAAGCUGGUGGCGAAGGACUUCAAACUGUCUGCAGAGGUUUGCGAGCAGAUCCUGCACGUCAUCUCCCGAUCGAGUUGCCUGGAGGAGCUGGUCCUGGACAACGUCGGCCUCAGAAGUGACUUUGCUCACAAGCUGUCCUUGGCUCUGGCUCACAACCCCGCCUCCACGCUGCACACCCUCAACCUCAGCAACAACUCUUUGGACGACAAAGGCAUGUGUGCUCUGGGCGCUCAACUGGGCAAACUGGCAAUGGGCCUGAAGAGAGUGAACCUCAGCAAGACCUCGCUGUCCCCCAAAGGCGUGAACUUGCUGUGUCAGGCGCUCUGCCGCAACCCCAGCGUGGCCGCCAGUCUCACGCAUCUCCAGCUGACAGGAAACUCACUCAGAGGGGACGACCUGCAGCACCUCCAUAACUUCCUGAGUCAUGACAACCGCUUACAAGUUUUGGAUUUGUCCUCCACUGACUGCUCAUUGGAGCAGACAUCAUCAUCUCUUCUCAAAGGAUGUUUGAAGCAUCUGCGUGUCCUCAACAUGUCAAAGACAAUCUACUCCCACAGGAAGUGCAAGGAGGUUCCUGCAUCCUUCAAGCAGUUCUUCAGCCUGAGCCAGGCUCUGGUCUCCGUCAACGUGUCCGGAUGCAGACUUCCCGCCGAGGCUCUGAAGGCGCUGCUGCUGGGCCUGGGGUGCAACCCAAACCUGGGCGACGUGUCUCUGGACCUGAGCGGCUGUGAGCUGCGCUCGGCUGGCGCUCAGAUCCUGGAGGGCUGCGUGGCAGAGAUCCCCAACAUCUCCAAUCUGGACAUCUCCGAUAACGGUCUGGAUGGGGACCUGAGCACCCUGCUAGUCUGGCUGGCCAAGAACCGCUCGGUGCGCCACCUUUCAUUGGGCAGGAACUUCCAGAACAUGAAGUCCAAGAAUGUGGCGCCAGUCCUAGAUGAACUGGUCCGUUUGAUCCAGGAGGAGGAGUCGCCGCUGAGCUCGCUGUCGCUGGCUGACUCCAAGCUGAAGGGCGACCUGGUCGUGGUCCUCAACGCCCUGGGAAGCAACACCUCGCUCACGCAGCUGGACAUCAGCGGCAACGCCAUGGGAGACAUGGGCGCCAAAAUGCUGGCCAAGGCCCUGCAGAUCAACACCAAGCUCAGGACGCUCGUCUGGGACAGGAACAACGUCAGCCCUCAGGGCCUGCAGGAAGUGGCGUCCGCUUUGGAGAAGAACUUCACCAUCCGGUUUAUGCCCGUUCCCAUCCUGGAUGCCGCCCAGGCGCUUAAGACACACCCAGAAAAGACAGAAGACGCUCUGCUGAAGAUGGAGCACUUCCUGCUGAGGAACCACGAAACCCGGAAGUACCUCCAGGAGCAGGCGUACCGGCUGCAGCAGGGCAUCGUCACCAGCACCACGCAGCAGAUGAUGGACACCAUGUGUGUGAAGGUUCAGGACCACCUAAACUCACUCAUGUUCUCCCAGGACCGUGUGGUCCGGGAGGACAUGAAAGUGGCAGAAAACCUGAUGAAUGAUGCAAGAAACUCCAAAACGCUGCUCCCUUGCCUCUACCACCUGGGCGGCAAUGCUUUCCGCGGUGCCAUUCAAGACAAGUUGGAGUCAGUGGCAGUGGAAGUGGCGGCCGUGAUGGAGGAGCAGCUGCGGACGAUGCUGGCGUCCAUGUUGGAAGCGGCCUCCGGUUUAUGUCCACACGUGAUGAAGACGAGCCGUCUCAGUGUAGAUCUGCUGAAGGCAGGCGCGGAGAAGAUGAGCGUCCCUCGCACGUUUUUCAGCCAGACGCUGCUGGAACAGACGGGCGUUGACAUCCUCAACAAGAUCAGUGAGCUGAAACUCGGCGCGGCAUCCUUGAUCUCCGACCGCGUGGUCGAUGGGAUCCUGGACUCUUUGUCCACGUGGCGCCACACGCUGGCCAAUCACGUGAGCAGGCAGGGCCAACCUGCGCUCCAGCCCGAGUCUCAGGAGGAAAGGCAGAUUCUCGACGAGACGGUCCUUUAUCCGGAGUUUCGCGAGGAGGGCGGCCAAGCGGACGCUUGCGUUAUGACAGCCAAAUCCAAAAGGAAGAGUAUUCUGGUCCGAAUGCUGCGACCGGUCUCGGUUGCCUUUGAGAUGGAGUUUGACCUGGACAAGGCCCUGCAGGAGGUUCCCAUCCACGUGGUGGAGCCGCCGCCGCCUUUGCCCGUGCCAGACCUCGCGCCAGCGUUCCCACCUCUGGGAUUGCCGCCCCCCCUGCAGCAUCACACCAAAUUGCGGCCCAAAGCCAGGAGGCGAACAAAAGCUAGCAGAGUCGGCCGUGAGACAGCGCCAGUGGUCGAGCAUGAGGGCACGAUGGGAAGGCUGGACGAGGGUGUGGAUGAGUUCUUCUCCAAGAAAGUUCUGAAAGUCAGCUUGAAACGCCUUGCCGCACAAGCCACGCCGUCAAACACGCACGAGUUGGUAGACAAAAAGCGAGACUCCAGGAAGAGCGGCUUUUUCAACCUCAUCAAAGGUCGGACGUCCCUUUCGGAAAAAAGCCAGGGGGCCGCCGCAUCUGUCAUGUCGCCCCGGACCACGUCACCCGCCCCAGUGCUGUCGCCCCCCACGACUCCCGUCAACGUGCUCACGGAUGAGUCCCUGCCUACGUCGCCCUCCAAGGAGCAUUCUGAAACGAGCGCCUCGGCACCUUCCUAUGGAGCGGCCGAGGAAAAGGACGUCGCCCUGCUCCCGCGGCGCGUUCCCGUCAUGGGUGCCGACCUUCUGGCAGAGAUCAAGGCACGGCAGAAGAAAAUGGCCGCCCACAAGUUGGAGUCGUCAAAAGAAGGCCACAUGGAUGCAGAGCAGUCUCGACCAGAGACCUCCCCAAGGUCCAAAGCCCCCAUCGUCAGCACCAAGUCGCCGCUCUGUCCGCCGGUCACGGAAUCCCUCAGUCUGCCCAGUCCCUCUAGUGUCCCCAGUCUGCCCAGUCCUCUCAGUCCCUCCAGUGUCCCCAGUCUGCCCAGUCCUUCCAACUUCCCCAGUCUGCCCAGUACACUGGGCUCCGGCAGCACCUUUGUGCCGAACGAUUCCACGGCAGAGGGUGUUCAAGUUCCUCUUCCUGCUCCUCGCCUAAAGAGGGAGCCAUCACAAAAUGAUGAACACCAAGAUAGCAACUUGACUGACGAUUCCGGGGCAGAGGGCUUUCAAGUUCCUCUUCCUGCUCCUCGCCUGAAGAGGGAGCCAUCACAAAAUGAUGGACACCAAGAUAGCAACUUGACUGCAUGGGGCGUUGCCGCCGCCUCACCGCGACAGCAGCGCUGGUCGUCCCUCAAGACGUCGCCACGCCGUUGUCCUGAUGUGCGUCAGCGAGCCAAGUCCCUGCCCGCCUACUCUCCGACACCGUAACGCCAUUAGCACUCCCGCUGAAUGUGCUAAUAGCGCUAACGCCAACAAAGAUGCUGACCUCAGGGCUCCCAACGCCUCGGUCCUCGCAGAAUUCCAGCGGGUGCCCGUGUCUUUAUGCUUCCAAGUCAUUUUGGUGGCGGAUGGCGCGCCCCCCUAUUUUGGUGGGCUCGGCUAACUCAUUUCCCCCCAAUUUGAGCUCAGGUGAGCCGCGUCGCUACAAGUAACCUGUGCUUUUCCGUGUUGUAGUGCAAAGCAUUACAAGCACUUUUUUAAAAUAUUGCCAUUUUCUUCAUUCUGAGCUUGCUGCAAAUGGUAUGAAUGUGAAAUUUAGAAACCAAGAUGACUUGACGGCAUUGGGUAUCGGUCUUUUCAUUUCCACAUCAAAGUGAAAGCAACUUGUAAGUAUUAAAAUGGACAUUUGCCCUGCGCUAUCUUGUUUGACAGCCUGGAAUGGUGGCCCAGAGAGAGAAAUGGACAAAGCAGCAUUCUGUUGAGCCUCUUCAGAUGAAGCAGAAAAGUUGAGCAGUAGUCUAACCUUGGAAAAAAUACACACACCAACAAAAC